UGUCUAGCGAAGGAGACACCAUGUAGCAGGUGGUCACACACUUGUUCCUCACAAUCUUCGCACUCAUUCGUACAGCGCGGAACACUCGCCGGACGGUGGUUUAAUAGUGGUGGUGCGAUAUCAUCCAUCGACCCGGCAGUAUGAUGGUUGUUUGCUUUGAUACACUUUCAUUUGCCUUUCAUCAGCGCAACUGAUCGUGUGUGGCUCGCGUAGCAAGUGUUGUUCGUCGGUAGAAAAACGUGAUUUUUGUAGUGAAAUAUAAAAUGUAGAACACAUAUUAGGUCGUUUGUUUGGUGCUGACUAGAGAAUCGUAAAAUUGUGUCCAAAACUGUUAGUUGUGGGUUCCUGAUUCGGCUGUGUCUGAGUUCCGAACAUCGCCAGACAGCAUCUACAGCUAGCCAGCUGUAGAUAAAUUAAAGCCUCUGCCUCUCUCGGUGUCUUUUUCUCACGCAUGAUAGACAAACAAAAUGUUUGCAACUGUGUACCGGUGACUCAUCACCCGUCUGUGUGACCGUCGUACAUGUGUACCGUGCAUGUUUUUGCACUUUCUUAUCAACUUCUUCGCUAGUUCUAUUUUUUAAAGUGAAUUGGCGAUCCAGCUUCGUAUAAAACAAACCUAAUAAAGAAUUGCCAAAGUGUUGAUGCGUGAAGUGAAACUGGAACAAACCAAAAUGUGCCCAUACACGACCGGUGCAAACACAAUGCUCUGCCUCUGGAUUGUGUGAUAAGCGUUCGAAGAAGCGUUGCGGAAAAUUUAUCAACCGAAGACCGAAGACCGAAGAGGCAGCCAGAGCAGGAGGCCAUAAGCUGUUCAUUGGAGAAUUCACUCUGAGCACAGUGGAGAAAACAUGUCCCGGACAGACUAUGUGAUUGUGAAGACCAAAUCCUACAUCCUAAGGAUGAAUCGGGAGGAGAAUCUGUGCUGGUUUCAUGGGAAAAUAUCUCGUGAAGAUGCGGAGGACAUUUUGCGGCGAGAGGGCAGUGAAGGGGUUUUUCUGGUGCGCGAAAGUUCCUCCUCCGACGGUGACUACGUGCUGUCCGUGCUGUUCAAGGGCGAGGUGAUACAUUACGCUAUCCGGCGUCACGGCGACGAUGCAUUCUUUUCCAUCCAAGAUCAUACACCGAUCCACGGGCUCGAUUCGCUGAUUGAGCAUUUUCAGAAGGAUAAGGGUUCGCUGGUGACGCGAUUGCAGGUUAUUUGUCGCAGCGAUCCACCGCCGCACGAUGUGCGUAGCCACGGCACCACGAACCUGCUGCACCGUGCAACGAAGGAAAGCAACUACACGGUCGUCUCGGAGCUGCUCAAGUGUGGGUACCGGAACAUUGAUUCCAAAAAUCAGGACGGCCAAACGGCAGUGCAUUUGGCUUGUUUGCACGCGGAUGACAAGAUUCUGCUGAAGCUAAUCGAACGUGGUGCUAAUAUUAACAGUCGCGACGCGAAAGGGAAUACGCCACUUCACUAUGCCUGCGCCAGGCGGAAUGGGUUGGAGAUGGUAAGGAUGCUGAUAAAGGCUUCCGCUAAUCUGCAGGCCCGGAACAGCGAAACUGGCUGGGUGCCGCUGCACGAAGCAGCCGACAAUGGGAAUGUGGACGCAAUACAGGAACUGCUACGCCAUCGCGUUCCCCAUCGACCAAGGACCAACUUUGGUGAAAUGCCUUCCGACCUGGCUCGCCACCGCGGCCACUACCAGGUGGUGGAGUUCCUCAACGCUUACGAACCACCCCGACCACAGACGCACCGUGACCUCUGGUACCAUGGGACGCUGGAGCGCACCACGGCAGUGGACUACCUGAAAGACUUUGCUGCCAAGUUGCUACCGAAUCUAGCUCACAGAAAGCAACAGGAAAGCGACAACAACAAGGAGAACAACGAGUGUCUCGAUGGACUGGAACAGUCCACCUCAGGCACGUACCUGGUGCGCUACUCGGCCACCCAAAACGUGGACGUCAUAACGAUGCUGUACGAUAACGAGCCGAAACAUUUCAUCAUCCAGCGGCAGCAGGAAUGGCUGUACAUUGACGAAGGCCCGUACAUGAAUUCGCUCGAGCAUUUGAUCGAGCACUACACGCGCUUCUCGGACGGGUUGCCGAUCAAUCUGCGCUUUCCCGUCACUCCCGGCCCGAAACCACCGAUACCGGCGUGGUCAACCAUACCGAAAUCCAAACCACGUAUGCAUCGGGCCGCUACGAGCGAUGCCGCCGGUACGACGUCAGUUUUUCUGUAUGCCGCCGGAUCGCCAGCAGCACAUCACAGCACCAACGGUUCGACAAUAGCGGCCGGCUUAACAAGCAUGUUCCGCAAAUCGAGUGAAAAUUCCACCACCACCACCACCACCUUACCAGCGAAGGGAUUGCCGACCAGAAAUCUAUCCGUCCCGAACGAUGCGAUGCUACAGAUGAACCGGGUCGGUCUGUUCGAUCGUAGCCCCGAACGUUGUGCGCCCGAGACACCGCACCGCCCAGGGUCUGCAGCAUCGCCCAAUACAGAUGAACCAAAAGCAAAACCAAACACCACUAACGCUUCGCCAACGUUCAAGAAAACGCUUAUCGAUGGGAUGAAAAGCUUGCGGAAGAGCAAGCAAAAGCUGAAACCAUCUUCGGCAGGCGAUGCGCCCGGAUGUGCCACAAUGGACGCAAACUCUUCCAUCUCCCCGGUCGGGUCUUCCAUCGAGCCCACGGUGAGCCCGUCAAAGUUGCUGCAGCAGCUGAAAUUUUCGUCCGAUUUCAAUCUGGUCGCCAGUUGUGCCGCCACCGACGAUAUCUAUAAAAUUCCCACAAACAACUGUGCUAUCGUUGAUAUCGACAUCGGAGAGCCGCCGGUGGUGGCCGCCCCGGUAAUAUGCACCCCUGUGCUGGAUAAGGAUCAAGGAUCUAUCAGCGACGAAACACCACCAGCGAUCCCGCCCAAACUAUCUUCCCCUGCGCUCGAUUCCGUAAACAACAACGACGAGCCCACGGCGUUAGAUUACUUCACCCAAAGCGAUGAUCCACUGCGGUCCGAUACGCUGCCGGAAGACGAAAGUGAAGACAUUUACUUUGUGGAAGCUCCCAUUCCACCACCGCCAGCAAGAGCAAGCAGUGAAGCAGCUUGCGCGGCGAACAUACUCAACAAUAAUGGUGUUGUCCCACCGGAGGAUGGAAUGCCCGCUGCCGUUAGCAGCCAACCGGUGCGCAGUGCCAUGCCGACCAACUACAUCAUGACGAAAAACGUACCGAUCUUCAGCAGCGUCUCGGUGGAAGAAUGUCAAAGCCCUACCAGCCCGACCUGUGGAGGGCAGAUGCGUGUCAGCAAACUGUUCGAAAGACUCGACUCGAACCAAUCGUCCUUCAGCCGAGCCAGUGUGCUCAGUGGCGAGAGCGUAUUCUUUUCCAUGUUUCAGCAACAGCAAUCCAAUGCUGGGUCGCAGGCGGCAGGACCGAACUACUUCAUACCGCAGGAAUGCAUCCAUGCGGAGACGGUGCUCGGGCGGGGUGAGUUUGGCUUCGUCUACCAGGGUUUCUUAGAACCGUGGCCCCUGGAAGGGGGGCAUCCCGAAGGAAGUGUUGCAAGCAAACUAGCCGGCUCAUUCGCACCUGCAAUGGGGCGUGUUCCGGUGGCGAUUAAAAAAGUGAUGGACAGCCAGGAACGUCGUGAACGGACGGAUUUCCUGCGCGAGGCUAGUGUCAUGAUACGGCUGCGGCAUAACUGCAUAGUGCGAUUGAUCGGGAUCUGCAAGGGGCCACCAUUGAUUAUGGUGCAGGAGCUAAUACCGCUCGGUUCCAUGUUGGUUUACAUCACCAAAAACAAGAACACCAUCAAUCCGCACCAUGAAAUGAUGAUAUGGGCAGCGCAGAUUGCCAGUGGCAUGCAGUACCUGGAGGAGAAGCACUUCGUCCACCGAGAUCUGGCCGCCCGCAACAUUUUGCUGGCGAACAAGUAUCAGGCCAAAAUAUCCGACUUUGGUUUGUCGCGCGCAAUCGGUGCCGGCCAGGAGUAUUAUCGCGCUAGUCAGGGCGGCAAAUGGCCCAUCAAAUGGUAUGCCCCCGAAAGCUUCAACUACGGCACAUUCUCGCACGCCAGCGACGUGUGGUCGUUCGGUGUGACGCUGUGGGAAAUGUUUUCGUACGGCGCACCGCCCUACCACGACCUGAAGGGCGCGGACGUGAUCAAGCUGAUCGAGGAAGAUCAGCGGCUCUCGCAACCGGAAGCCUGCCCGGACAAGGUGUUUGAGGUGAUGCGGAACUGCUGGCAGUACAAUCCAAAGUUGCGGCCCACCUUCCGCUUCUUGCAUCGCUUCUUCUCCGACGACAUCGAGUACCAAAAUCUGCAGGAACUGGUCGGCACGGGAGUGGAGAUUAAUGCGAAUACGAGUGCCGCGGCCUUCAGCACGCUGGACGCGCCAACGCCGGAGUCAACUGGAGUUAGUAUCGCACAGCAACAAGCACCGUACUAGACAGGAUUGGAGUUUCGUUGUUUUAACGAACCGUAUUACUACUGCUUAUGCUUCCUAGAGAGAGAGAGAGAGAGAGAGAGAGAGAGAGAGAGAGAGAGAAAGAGAGAGAAAGAGAGAGAAAGAGAGAGAAAGAGAGAGAGAGAGCAAGUACCGGCACACUAUAAGAUGAUUGUUCUCUUAAGUAUUGUCGAAACGUAUUGGGGUAUUUUCCGAACACUUUGCGCCAUCGUAUGCAGCAGUGUGUGUGUGGUUGUGCUUCCCGUCUUCUUUUUAUAUAAUUUAUACGCCAACUAUUUAUUUCCCCUUCAAUCAUUCCGCGCUGUUGUAUGCUGCUACCCUGCUCUGCAAUUUUUCUAUUUUACGUUCAACUUUUAUGGUGUUUAAUAUUUCCCACGUUGUGCAUAGACCGGAUACAGCUAAACACCGAACGACCCGCUUUAGUAUUCGUUGGGCGACGCCAAGUGUUCAGAACACUUGUUACGGCACACCAAAAUACUACACACUCGCUGAUCGGUGGUGUUCGCAGGCGAAAGCGAAUUAGUCAUUUUUGGUAUUUAAUCUUAGUUGUUCUGCUCCGUUUAGCUGUAAAACCCAGCACAUUAAGCGAUUAGUGGUGAGAAAAGCCUCUCGAACGACUCCGAAGCCGGCUUCGUACCAACGGUUUCGCAAACACGGCUCCACGGCCACUGAACAAAGGACUGCCUGUCUUCCUUCAUUGGCUCCGGGUUGAAGUCGGAGCCGGCUCCGGAGCUAUGACUCCGCUCCGGAGCACCCAUCACUAGUGUGUGUGUGUGUGUAUAUAGCAUUGGGUACAGUUGUUGCAGCAACACAGCCUCUUCGCCACUACCAAACCACAGUGUCAUAAUAGAACCUCCGACCAGGUGCCAUGCUUAACCAUGGAUGUGCAUUGUCGUUUUCCAGACGCUAGAUGCUUUUUUAACCUUUAUUAUUUGAGAAACAUACGUUAAGCGAAGUGUGUCAUCUACAUUGCUGAAAGGGCAAUGUGUAAACAUCGUGCUAUAAUCGUUUAACAGUUCGCCACUAAUUGAUUCAUAUCGGGGUCAGUAUAUGACAAUAAAGUGAUUCAACUGGAUCAAACCGUCCGUGAUUGAGUUAUGGCCAUUUUGCUGCUCAAAUUUGGUUCAACAUCUUUGUUAAACUGCUGGAAGAACUAUUGGAGGGAGAUUUACAAGAGGACAAAAUAGGAACGAUAGCCAACAAUAGGACCGUUUAACUGGAUGUAUAGGCGCACAGACAGACACACCCGAGCAGACAACCAAAUAGCAUGUUUGUGACUGUUAUUACGAACUGAUAUUAAACACAGACUCAUCCUAUCGACAAUACAUUAAUAAAGCGUAUGGAAUUUUGCAACUGUUA